AUGCUGCUCCCAACACUUCGUCGACGUUUUAUUAGUGUGUUACGUUUUCCCAGAUUGCUUUAUAACUUCCACACUAUUUCUGCGAGAAGGAACCUUGUAUGCCCCCAAGCAAUUUUCUGUCGACUUGCUUCUUCGGGAUCGCAUGGUCAGGAGUCCCGUAGAAUACCGCCGCCAGGUGGGGGUGACGAUAUGGGUCGUCGUCCGGACCCUAGGCGUCUGCGCAUACCUGCAGUCAUAGUAUUUUCUAUGGGUCUGUCCAUGGCACUUAUUUUUUACACCUACUGGUUUGGCAAACCCACUGAAGUAUCCUGGCGUGUCCUUGAGGAACUACUCUCCCGUGGCGAAGUACGCAACAUUCAGGUGUCACAGGGUCGCAAUGCAGCUUUUGUUCUUCUUCACUCCGCCCAACACGUCGAUGGGAAGGCCGUCUUUAUUGUAAGCGUCCCUCUUCAAAAUGAGACUGCUCUUGAUUUUGAGCGACGUCUGCGCUCGUUUGAGUCCAGAAUCGGUAUACCGCAAUCUGACCAAAUACCAGUUACUGUUGUCCAUGACCUCUCCGAUCGCGACCUCCUGAUGGUUUUCAUUGUUUCCUCGGCAAUUUUCGCUACAGUUGCGUUGAUGUGGAUACGCAAGAACGUCCCACACGACCUGCCACCUCGAGAGGCCAUUCGUGAAGCCAUUAGAAGGCUUUCAUAUCAAGGCUCACGCCCAGGGGGCACUAAGGACGCCGACAGAGCACCGCCACCACCACCGUCGCCCCCUCCGAGGGACGAGCCGAGCGUCGGUGGCAGCUACACCGGUGGCUUCGGCAGUGGUCUGCCGUUCCUUGACUCCCUGCCUGGCAUGGGCGAACCGCAGCCAACCACAACCAACGUCACAUUUGAUGACGUGGCCGGAAUGCACUCCGCCAAGGAGGAGGUGAUGGAGUUCGUCUCCUACUUGAGGAAUCCAGCAAAGUACCAGGAGCUUGGUGCCAAGCUUCCCAAAGGAGCUCUUCUCCUAGGCCCUCCGGGGACAGGCAAAACUCUCCUGGUGAAAGCUCUUGCCCACGAAGCCGAGGUCCCCUUCUACUCAAUGGCAGGCUCAGAAUUCAUCGAAGUUAUCGGUGGCCUGGGGGCCUCACGCAUCAGAAAGCUAUUCAACGCCGCUCGUCAAAAGUCGCCUUCCAUUAUAUUCAUUGACGAAAUUGAUUCUGUCGGCCGACGACGCUCUGGUCCCGGCCAGGCUGGUGGUGGUGGUGGCGCAGCCGAAAUGGAGCAGACUUUGAAUCAGUUGUUGGUGGAGAUGGACGGCAUGGACACGACCGAGGGGACCAUUGUGUUCGCCGCUACAAACCGCGCCGAUCUCCUCGACACGGCGCUUCUCCGUGCUGGCCGCUUCGACAGGCACAUCUUCAUCGAUCUGCCCAACAUGGCCGAACGCAAGGAACUCCUGGACAUGUACCUUGGUGAGUGUCUUGUGGCAUUGCUUUCCAGCACACUGAGUGUUGGACCUGAGUGGGUGCGCCCAACGGCUCCUGGAAGGAGAUAUGGUUGCUUUUCAAGCGUUAUUGUGUCGGGAGGCAAGUACAAGCUUGCCAAGACCAUCGACGUGGUGGCACUGCGCGACCGACUAGCCACGUGGACGCCGGGAAUGUCCGGCGCCGACAUUGCCCGUCUCUGCAACGAGGCGGCCCUCAUCGCUGCCAGAGGCUCGAACAUCGAGGAGGGCGUCCAAUUGGUCGACUUCGACAACGCCCUCGAACGCGUGCUUGCUGGCGCAGCAAAGCGUUCGAGCCCUCUCUCCCUGAUGGAGCGCCGAGUGGCAGCUGUGCAGGAGGCGGGCAGGGUGCUUGUGGCCACCCUCCUCCCCAACACCGGUCUCACGCCCUACCGCGUGUCCAUAGUGCCGCGGGCCCCCGGGGGCGAGGAGGCGAGCAUCGGGUUCACGCAGUUCGUCCCCGAGGAACGACGCCUCAUGUCGGUGGAGGACAUCGCCGACCGCAUGACGGUCCUGCUCGCCGGCAGGGCUGCGGAGCAGUUCAUUUUCAAGGCCGUCUCGGAUGCCUCAGAAAAGUACUUGAAGAAGGCGACCGAUCUGGCGUACAAGGAGGUGAGGGAGUGGGGCAUGUCGAAAAUUGUCGGGAACCUCAGUUUCGGUGUAAGUUUCCCUCCAUGCGUUCGAGACCCCUUCGUUGCCGAUCCUUCAGAGAACCAAUUCUCCUUGCCGCCAUACAGCAAACGCACUGCCAACCUCAUUGACAGUGAGGUACAACGGCUGAUUGCGGAGGCGUCCCAUCGCGCGUUGGGCAUCGUUCAGCAGAACGAGGACAAGCUCCGUCGAAUCGUGACUAACCUCCUAGAAAAGGAGGUCCUCUCUGUGGAUGAGCUAAAAGAAAUCAUCUCAGGUCCUUCCUGA